UGUAACUUGUUAUCGAGUCCCUAGUGACAACCUCUGGGCUCAGGAGCCGUGGAAACCGGGCAGGCCGCUUGAUUUCUGGGCAGGCUCAGCGCAGCCUGCCUUCUUCAGACGCCGGAACCUUCCAGAGAGACCUUUCUACGUUUUCCAGUCGGCGGUGAAAGCUCAGCGCCCGGCGCUCCCGGAAGUUGUUGCGCAAUCGUUUCCGGGGCAGGGUGAGGUGGAGGAAGAUUCCCAAUGGGUCGUAGCCGCAGCCGUUCUCCACGGAGGGAGCGCAGGCGGUCCAGGUCCACGUCUCGUGAGAGAGAACGCAGGCGCCGAGAAAGGUCCAGGUCCCGGGAGAGAGAUCGUCGAAGGAGCCGCUCUCGAUCUCCGCACAGAAGACGCUCCAGAUCCCCAAGACGGCAUAGAUCCACAUCUCCUUCCCCUUCUCGACUAAAAGAAAGAAGAGAUGAGGAAAAGAAAGAAACAAAAGAAACAAAGAGCAAAGAACGUCAGAUUACUGAGGAGGACUUAGAGGGCAAAACAGAGGAAGAAAUCGAAAUGAUGAAGUUAAUGGGAUUUGCCUCUUUUGACUCCACAAAAGGGAAAAAGGUGGACGGCUCUGUAAAUGCCUAUGCCAUAAAUGUGUCUCAGAAGAGGAAGUACAGGCAGUAUAUGAAUCGAAAAGGCGGAUUCAACAGACCUUUGGAUUUCAUUGCAUGAGAACUAAAAUGUUAAAGAAUGGUUUUUUUUCCCUCAUCUUGCUCAGAAGAGUGGAUUUUGUAUUUCGUAUUUAAUAUUCAUAAAAAAACAUGAUCACAGUCUUUACUCCCUGUAAAAGUAAGAAAAUGUUAUUUAUGAUGUAUGCAUUUCACUUACCCUGACUCAAAAAAAGAAAGGUUAAUAUUUUUUCCUUUUAGGAAAUGUCAUUUGGGGCAAUCAUCAACCCCAGUUUUUUGUUUUUAUUGUUGUGGAAGCUGUGUAUGUUUUCUUCUUGGAUGCUCGUUAGGACUUUUGAAAACACAUAAAAGUAAUUUGGAUGUAAGUUUCUCAAAUAAAGCAAUAUUUCUACCC